CAACCGCUAUACGCCCCCCAACCAAACAACAAAGCUACUAAGAAACACAAGCCAUGGCCAUGAGCAUGGCAACCGGCGCCAUGGGCUCCCUGCUGCCCAAGCUGGCCGAGCUCCUCAUGGAGGAGUACAAGCUCAAGGAGAGCGUCAAGGAAGGCGUCAGAUCUCUCGAGAUAGAGAUGAAGAGCAUGCAAGCUGCGCUCCGCAAGGUGGGCGAGGUGCCGCGGGACCAGCUCGACGAGCAAGUCAAGAUCUGGGCAGGGGAGGUGAGGGAGCUCUCCUUCAACAUGGAGGAUGCCGUCGACAAGUUUCUGGUGCGUGUUGAUGACGGCUCCGAGCCUGCCGCCAAUCCAAAGAAGCUCAAACGGCUCACCAAAACGAUGGUCGCCUUGUUCACCAAGGGGAAGGCCCGCCAUGAGAUCGCCGAUGCAAUCAAGAGCAUCAAUAAGAAAGUGCAAGAGGUUGCUGACAGGCGUGCAAGGUACAAUGUUGACAAUAUCAUUGCUAGUGUCCCAACCGUGACUCCCAUCGAUCCUCGCCUUGGGGCUCUGUACAAGGACGUGACAGAUCUUGUUGGCAUUACCGGAACAAGGGACCAAGAGAUAAUAGAGCUGCUGUCGGAGGGGGACGACAUGUCCAAGAAAAAUUUGAAGAUCAUCUCUGUUGUUGGAUUUGGAGGAUUGGGCAAGACAACUCUUGUCAAAACAGUUUAUGACAAGAUCAAGGGAGAUUUCGACUGCAGGGCUUUUGUUCCUGUCGGUCGAAAUGCUAAUGCGAAGGAGGUUUUCAUGGACAUCCUGCACGAGCUUGAUCCUGAAAAGGGCAAAGGUCAGCUCACCAUGUUGAAUGAAAAACAACUCAUUGACAAAAUCCAACUACAUCUCGAGAACAAGAGGUACCUUGUUGUAAUUGAUGAUAUAUGGGAUGGAAACUUGUGGACAGUUAUAAACUUGGCAUUCUCCAAUGACAACACUUUGGGUAGUCGGCUAAUCACGACAACUCGUAAAGUCGGUGUAGCUGAAUUAUGUUGCACAUCUCCUAAUGGUUCAAUCUAUCAAAUGAAACCUCUUAGUGUUGAUGAUUCCAAACAUCUCUUCUAUAGAAGGUUAUUUUCUCAUGAGAGUGGAUGUCCUCUUGAAUUUGAAGAAGUCUCCAUGGAUAUAUUGAAGAAAUGUGGUGGAGUACCAUUGGCAAUUAUUACUAUAGCUAGUUCUUUGUCUAGUGGCCAGCAGGUAAAGCCAAAGGUUGAGUGGCAUGCUCUGCUAGAGUCUAUUGGUCGUGGACUUACUGAAGACCCCAGUGUAGAGGAGAUGUUGAGGAUACUAUCGUUUAGCUACUAUGACCUGCCUUCUUAUCUGAAGACAUGUUUAUUAUAUCUAAGUAUGUUUCCAGAGGAUCACGAGAUCAUGAAAGAUCAGUUGAUAUGGAUGUGGAUUGCCGAGAGUUUUAUCCAAUGUGAAACAACACAUAGUCUCUUUGAGAUUGGAGAAAAUUACUUCAAUGAGCUUGUGAAUAGAAGCCUUCUCCAGCCGGUAUACGAUGAAUCUGGCAUUGUACAUGCUUGUCAUGUACACGAUAGUGUACUGGAUCUAAUUUGUCUGUUGUCAAGGGAAGAGAACUUUGUUAGUGUAUUGAGUGGUAGUAUGUCAUCUCAGGCCAACGUCCGCAGGUUGUCCAUCCAGAAGAUUAACAAAGAAGAAGAUCAAACCACAGCUCUCGAAUCUGUGAGUAUGCUACAAGUUAGGUCCAUUGCGACAUUUGAACCUGCUAUUGGUCUGAUGCCUCGUCUCUCAAGCUUUGUUGUUUUACGUGUAUUGAAUUUGAGUACAUGUGCACUUGGUGAUCAUAAUCUUCAGGGGUUAUGGAGUUUAGUUCACUUGAGGUACCUAGGCCUAUUUGAUACAGGACUUUGUGAGCUUCCGGAAGAGGCUGGAAAGUUGCAGUUUUUGCAAGUGCUGGAUGUGAGUGGAAACCAUGGUAUGAAAAAACUGCCAUCGAGUGUUACUACACUGAGAAGAUUGAUGUGCCUACUUUAUAGGAAAAACUGCAAUCGGCUUCCAGAUGGGAUUGGAAACCUGACAGCAAUGGAAGAGUUGAGUUCUAUCCAUAUUGACUCUCUAAGCAUUGUGAAAGAGAUGGGCAACAUGAAAAGGUUGAGGAAGUUUAAAAUUUUGUUUGAGCAUUUGAGCUUGGAGUUGGAGGAAGCUUUUGUGAAAUCACUAGGGGAAAUGUCUAACGUCCAAAGUGUAACCAUUAUUAUCGGUGCUGGAUUUAGAAUGAUGGAUCUCUUGGGGGAAAAGUGGGUUCCCCCUCAAGGUCUCCGGGAAUUGAAGUCACGUUGUGACAGAGUAUGUAGAUUCUCUAGGCUACCAGCAUGGAUAAGAGAGAACCCCUUGCAGAUGUCCCAGCUCUCAAGGUUACACAUUGGUUUCAAGGAAGUGCAACAGGUGGAUCUGGGACUGCUUGGAAGGUUGCCAGCACUUCAUAGUCUCGUAUUGCAGAGCCUCCGCCAUGGGUCGCUACUGGUCGAAGCUGAUGGGUUCCGUUGUCUAACACAAUUCGUCUUGGGGGCCGAUUCGCCGGGCCAAGUUGUGUUCCAGCCAGGAGCUUUGCCCAAGGCGGAAUAUGUUGAGCUCCGUACCGGUCUGUUGGUCGCAAAAGAGGAAGCAGCCGGCAACAAUGGUGGUGAUUGGUUUGACACUGGCAUCAGGAACCUGCCGUCCCUUCAGUCGGUCCGUGUCGUAUUCUGUACUUCGCUACUGCGACAGGAGGCCGAGAAAGCGAAGUCUGCACUCGAGACUGCACUCCGUGCCCAUCCUAACAGCCCCGACUAUUACGUAUUCGUAGAAGACGACGACACUGAUGACGGCAUGUGGGAGUGAAGAACUCAUUUAAAGAUCCCAGACUAUUUAUAUGCUGUCAUUAUUUACCCGAGACUUGCGUGCGUCUGGAAUAUGGCUGACGGCAACAUCGAUCGGCGACACUCGCUAUUCCUUGAGCUUCUUUCUUGGGUUAGAGAAAAAAAGAAAAAGAAAAACGGAAAAUUACAAAAAAAAAUCACUCACUAUUUGUUGAGCUUACUUCUUGUCUUAAAAAAGGAGGUGGUGGGAGGGGCGCAGAGAGUGUGAAAAAUAAAAAAAAAAGGUUUUAGGUUUUAGGUUUUAUGCAAUUUGUAAUUUUAUUUUUGUUUGGGUUUUGGCCUGCGGGUUAAUUUUUUAGGGGUGUGGGAGGUGGGGGAACUCCGCCUAUGGUACUGAUGUUAAGCUUAUGCUUACUAACAUUAUUCAUAGCCGGUCCCAAGUCCGGAUAAAGGAGGAGGGUCCAACCAUAUAUACUUUGUGUUCAACCAAAAAAAUCUUGAUUCUUUAAUACUGCCCUUUUUUUUCUUAUCCGAUUACUCAUUUCUGUUUUGAUGGGGUUGUCACUAGAUUGUCACAGCUCCAUCAUAACGUUUCAGAGCACCAAAUUUGUUAGGUUUUCAUUGUUAGUGCCGCAUUUGUACAGUUUUGAAGCUUACAAACCAAAACUAGAGAACAACCGUCGGUGUUGAGUGUGUGAUUUGGAGGAUCAGGAAUAGAUUUGUUUUUUGAAGCAUUUUAUAACAUCAUUGGUAGAAAAAUUGUAAAAGCUUAUACGAGAGAGAAAUUGCAGAGGAAAAACAUAGCAGUGCAGAGCAGAGAGGAGACGGUUGUAGACUUGCAAGCCGUCUUUGGCCGCAUUGCCUGGCACACCGAGAGAAACGAUAACAACACCUCGAUGGCGUCUGCCAUGGCCGCCGCCUACGACCGUAUGCUGGAGGCCUCCUUCUCCGACGUCCACGGUGACCUACCGGACGGCUACGGCUGGACUCUUUAAGAAAAUCAACUGAUUUCCAGUGAUGGGUUGACAAGCGUGGAGCAUAGGGUGGUGGCGAAGAACUAUGCGCCGAGGGUCUCAAUAUGUGCUACUUUCGCACGCAUUUCCACCCGGCCUUGAUGAGGUUGUAUGGUCUGAUCAAGGACUUGAUGUCUGAUGAGAACCCUUCAUUGCGGAGAGACCUUUGUCAGAGAUGAGUACCCUUCAUUGUACAAAGGGACGCUUGACAGAUAUUACAUCAAACAUUACUACUCCAUCGGGCUAGAUGUGAAAACUGCUAUCUCAGGUUUCCGGUUGUGGAUUGUGAAGGAGAGUUUGGGUACUGGUAGCAUAUUAUAGACUAUAUCAGUCUAGCAGGAUCAUGCAUUGUUGACCAGUUUGUAAUACUAAGAAAAGUGACAGUAAAAUGGCAGUACAAGUACCAGAAUAUUGAAUGCA